GAUUUCAGUUUUUAUGUCAUUCGGUUGUUUAUGGGCGUAUAUAUGUGUUCAUAAAAGCAAAUACAGAGUUUGAUAUUGAGGCCUGUGAUUUUAGUAUAAAUAUUUUUCCUUUAGUUCUAAGUAAAAAUAUAUAUGGAAACCAUGGAUGAUAUCAACUUUGUUGUGUUGAAGAUAAAUGGUGUGUGCGUAAAUAAUUUAACACACGAUGAAACUUCUAAAAUGUUCCUUAAUACUGAUGGCGACAAAUCCGUUUGUAUUGAAGUUCGCCAAAGAUGUGGUACACCAUUUGAGAAACUCUACAAUAAGAGUCAGAAACCUGAAAAUAUUUUUAAGGACGUAAGAGAUCUGGAAAUAAAUGCACCACAGAAAUUUGAUGAGAUUAAAGAUAAUAUAAAUGUUUCUGACGUAACUCAAAUGCACAAUGAAAAUAGUUUUUCCGUACUUAAUAACAUUAUAUUAACAUUGAAGCCAUUGAGUUUAAAUUUGGAUAUAAAAUCAGAUUCAAUUACUUACGUUUCAAAAUAUACUCAAACGGAAGAAAGCAAAUCCUUACCGGAUAUAAAUAUACAAGAUCAAAAACAAUCUAUUAUAGAACAGUGUAUGGCACCAGAAAUUUACAUUGAGGAAAUAACUUUACGAAAAUCUGAAUGUAACGAAUGCUUAGGAAUAACUGUUUGCUGUCCUAGAUAUGAUAAUAAUUGUAGUGACAUUAAUUCUGGUAUAUAUGAAUUGGAGGAAGGUGGUACACUUGCUAAUGUCUACAUAAGUAAUAUACAUCAUGAUAGUAUUGCUAAUCGUGAUGGACGUUUGCGUCAAGGUGAUUUAUUAUUACAAGUUAACGGUAAAGAUGUUAAAAGUAAGUCGGAAGCAGAAGUACUUAUAGCAGAGAAUAACAACGCAGUAACGCUCUUAGUCAGUCGAUGUAUAUAUACAGAUAAUAUAGAAAUUCAUAAUCAAAUAUUGGAUACGGAAGAAGAUGAAGGUGAAGAAUAUGAUGGUAAUAAUGAUGAAGAAGAAGAUGAUGAUAAUAAUGAUGACGACGAUGAUGAUGAUGAUGAUGAAGAUGAUGAUGAUGAUUAUGAUGAUGAAUAUAUAUACGGUGAUAACAUAGUCUACGAGAAUAAUUUUAUCACUAAUGACUAUAUAAAUGUUGUUGACGGAUUAAAUAAAGUAAUUUUGGUUGAUUCAAUUACAAAAAGUAAAGCAAAUAAUUUAAGAAAAGUGGAUAUGCAAAGUGAUUGCAAUGAAACCGUUAAAAGGAAUAGCGUAGAGUCUGAAUGUAAUGAAUUUGUGAUUCCUUCUGUAUCAAAAAGCAAUAAAAUUAUGUUAGUUAAGGAUUCUGUUAAAAGUUCUGUAGAUUAUGAGACUGAACAUAUUUAUGAAACGAUACCUGAAGACUCUGAAUCAGAGCCUUUUUAUUGUUCACCGUAUGAGAGCCCCUCAUAUAUUACAUCGAUCAAUUCCUACUCAUCAGCAACAGAAUCUACAAAGCUUCAGCAGAAACAACGUGUGUGUCAGUGGUUAGGUAUAAAACCAUUUAAUAGUUUAACAACAGCUCAGCAAUCGAUGCGUAUUAGUAACAUAAAUUCAAGUGAAACUACAACGUCCAGAGCAGUUUCUAAUAAAUCUAAUUCGUUUCAUAGUGCAUUGACAGCAGUAACUAAUAAAUCUUUUAAUAGUGAAGGUGGGUGCGGAAAAUGUUCAAUUAAUAACUAUAGUCAAGUUGGCAUCAAAUGUGGGGAAGACGUGGACAAUUCUUCUAGUGCUUAUAAUACAGGCGGAUCGAAUAAUAGUACAUCAACGACUAAUUUACUAUUUUGUCAAGAUCAAAACAAUCGUGUUGAUCCAACAAAUUUGGAAAACUGUCAAUUGGCUGAUGUUCAAAGUAGCAAGCUUCAUCGGUUGCCUUCUCCUAAAGAAAGUAGCACAAAAAACAAAAGUAGAGUGGUGUUAUCUAGAUAUGAUACAUCCGAAGGAACAAUUACACAGUCUUUUGGAUUAACAGAACCAAGUAAAGACAAUAAUAGAAGUCAGUUACUAAAUUCAACAAUGUAUACUAAUAAAUCGAACAUAAGUCAAACUAUGCUAUUACAACAACAUUUGUUCAGGCAAUCGGAAAGGAGUUCAAAUCAGCAAAAUCAAAUAUUUUACACCCAGUUUACUGCUCCCAAUUUGAGUCAAUAUCAUUUUGUCAGCAGUCAAGAGGUUAGUAAUGCUCAGCACUUACAAAAACCACCUACUGCAUCCUCAACACUUGUUGUUACAUCAAGUCCGCAAAGUGAUGAAAUGGUUUGGAAAGUAAAACGUCGUCAAGACGGUACAAGAUAUAUAGUCCGCCGUCCCGCUCGUAGACAUUUCUUGCACGAUCGACCGUCAAAAAAUAAUACCGAAAUUAUAAAAACAGAUUUUACAACAACUGAAGACGAUACUAUAUCAGAAGUAAAAACUGGUCGCUAUUGGUCUCGAGAAGACAGGAAAAAACAUGUUGAGCAAGCACGAGAACGUCGUCAACAACAUCGUAAUUUAAUACGAACACCAACUUCUGCUACUUUAUUAUCAACCAUACGUAUUAACGAUAAAAACAAUAUUAAAUUCCAUCAUACUCAAUCUGUAGGUAACGCACAUAAUUCUAAACUUAUACUAGGACAAUCCAAUAAAUCAAUUCAUUGUCAAAACGCUAAUAAAUCGAAUGAAAAUGAUCAGUCGCAAAGCAAUUGUAUUCAAUCAGAAUUAGACCCGAAACAAACGUCUUUGUUCACGAAAAUAUCUAACACAAAUAAUGUAAAUAUAUAUAAAAAAAAGAGUUUCAAAAAACUUUCUUGUCCACCAAUAUCUACAUCUAGUUUAUACAUAUAUAGUUCUGUUUCUGAGACCGCUUGUGCAAAUGCUGUGAAUACAAUACAAGCAUCCGUAGAGAUUGUUCCUGUUGCUCCAACAGUUUGUAUUCCUAACCUAAUUUCAAGCUCCCAAAUAGGAAAUGGACCAAAUUCCAAGGGAAGUAGCCAACUGUCUCAAACAACGCCUUAAGGAGAUUUCAAAUAUUGUUAACUUGACAUAUUUAAAUUCAAUGUUUACUUCUAAUGAAGUUUUUUAUAUUUUGUUGAAG